CCAUGCUGUGGAGGGCAUUUGCCGAAGGCACUGUCUUCAACACUUCAACCAUGCUGAUCCUGCGUUGGAAGAUCUCAGCCAAGCCCUCCCCUCUCCUCCACUCAAUCACCACCGUCUCCUUCUCCUCCUCCGCCUCCACCUUCACCCCCGCCGCCACCGCCGAUUUCCUCCACUCAUACACCGUGACCCCUCCAAUCCAACCCUGGCCUCGACGCCUCUACCCAAAACGCCUCAUCUCCCUCAUCGCCCACCAACCCAACCUCGACCUCGCCCUCCAAAUCUUCCACCACGCCUCCAAAUUCCACCCCGGAUUUUCCCACAAUUACCACACCUAUCACGCCAUCCUCAACCGCCUCUCCCGUUCCUGCGCUUUCCACCGCAUGAUCGACCCCCUCCUCUCCGACCUCAAAAACUCCCAAAUCCAAUGCUCCGAAGACAUUUUCAUCACCCUCAUUCGCAAUUUCGGCGUUUUGGGUCGCCCCAAACUCGCCUUCAAAGCGUUUCUCGACGUGCCGAAUUUCGGAGUUCAGCGCUCUGUGAAGGCCCUGAACGUAUUGUUGAACGCUCUUGUUAAGAACAGUGAGUACGGUUUGGUUCACUCUGUGUUCAAGAAUUGUGGGCAGAGAUUUGGGGUUAUGCCCAAUUUAUCCACUUGUAAUAUUCUGAUCAAGGCGCUCUGCAAAAAGAACGAUGUCGAGACUGCACUCAAGGUGCUCGACGAAAUGCCUGCAAUGGGGUUUGUCCCGAAUGUGGUGACUUAUACCACGAUUAUUGGCGGGUAUGUUUCGCGGGGUGAUAUGGUUGGGGCAAAGAGAGUUUUUGGGGAGGUUUUGGAUAGAGGGUGGUAUCCGGAUGCGACUACUUAUACUGUUUUGAUGGAUGGGUUUGUUAAGCAAGGGAAGCUGGUUGAUGCCGUUAAGGUCAUGGAUGAGAUGGAGGAAAAUAAGGUCGGGGCAAAUGAGGUUACUUAUGGGGUUAUGGUUGAAGCUUAUUGUAAGGAGAAGAAGUCGGGCGAAGCUGUUAAUUUGCUUAAUGACAUGCUUGCGAAAGGGUAUAUACCAAGCUCUGCGCUAUGCUGUAAGGUGAUCGAUGUUUUGUGUCGUGAAGGGAAGGUGGAGGAUGGUUAUGAACUGUGGAAGAAGCUUUUGAAGAAGAAUUGCACACCUGAUAAUGCAGUCUCAAGCACGCUCAUACACUGGUUUUGUGAGAAGGGAAAAGUAUGGGAAGCUAAGAAGCUGUUUGAUCAGCUUGACACGGAUUCCAUUCCGAGCGUCAUGACGUACAACAUGCUUAUUGCGGGAAUGUGUGAAGCGGGGGAGUUGUGUGAGGCGGGGAGGUUGUGGGAUGACAUGGUGGAGAAGGGGUGUAUUCCGAAUGCUUUUACUUAUAGUAUGUUGAUCAAAGGAUUUUGCAAAAUUGGAAAAGCAGAGGAGGGGAUUAAAAUUUUGGAGGAGAUGUUGGAUAAGGUCUGUUUGCCUAACAAGUCUACUUAUGUUAUGUUGAUUGAGGGGCUCUGUGACUCGGGAAAGGAAGCGGAAGUCACAAAAGUUGUUUCAAUGGCAAUGUCAAGCGGAGACGCAAACAUUGCUUCCUGGGAUCUUUUAGUUACUAAGUUUGUUGGUGAUUCGGAUACUGGGGGAAGUCUUCUGGACAAGAUACUACUGGAGAAUGUUACUUAGAGGCUAUUCAACGUCUACUCUCUUCGGAAGAGCCCAAAUGUUGCAAGAACUGAACUCGGAUGCACAAACCAUAAUCUGCUGCGCAAGCAAGCGUUUCAUUUCUGGGGGGAAUUGAAGUUAUAUGGUAUCUGAUGUGACAGAGUAAUCUGAAAGCAACAUUGAGAUGAGUAACAAGCUCUUCAAGCUCAAUACUGCACUUGGCUGGUUGAUCUGACUUGGUUCGCCACACUUCGAUCCAGUCCAAGCUAGUUCAAUCUUGAUACGGGUUUCGAAUCUGCAACAAAUUACAUGGAGAAUAAAGGGAGCAGUAAAAAAUCUUCCUGCAAGCAAUUAUCCAGAAGAAUAUUGAGAAAUCUAAAUUUUGAAGCUUGCGCAGAUGCUACAUUAUGAUGAACAAACUUAUACAAGGUAAAAGGGGCAGGGAUGGUCAGUGUUUACCAUUGUCGAUGGGGUAGUUAUUUUAUUUUUAUUAGAAUGUGAAAUUAAAAUUGCAAUCAAUUAUUAA